AUGGACAUCGGAACCUAUGGGUAUCCCACAGCAACAGAGGAGAAGACAGUGUCGUACUACGACGUGCCAGAAGGAGUGGACGUGAGAGGAAGAUACGACCAGGACUUCGCAAAAAUCCUAACCAAGGAUGCUCUGGUUUUCGUGGCUGAGCUACAACGUGAGUUCAGGAACCAUAUAAAGUACGCAUUAGAGUGCAGAAAAGAAGCAAAGAGGAGGUACAAUGAAGGAGCCCUGCCUGGGUUUGAUCCAACAACCAAGUACAUACGAGACGGAGAGUGGGUUUGUGCAGCUCCUCCACCUGCUGUUGCUGAUAGGAAGGUCGAGAUCACAGGUCCUGUGGAACGAAAGAUGAUCAUCAAUGCUCUCAACUCUGGAGCCAAAGUCUUCAUGGCUGAUUUUGAAGAUGCCCUGUCACCGAGCUGGGAGAAUUUGAUGAGAGGUCAAGUGAACUUGAAGGAUGCAGUGGAGAGGAGAAUAAGCUUCCAUGACAGAGCCAGAAACAGGUCUUACAAGCUCAAUCAGCAGACGGCGAAGCUCUUUGUACGCCCAAGAGGUUGGCAUUUACCUGAGGCUCAUAUUCUGAUCGAUGGCGAACCUGCAACUGGUUGCCUAGUGGAUUUUGGGCUCUACUUCUACCACAACCAUGCCACGUUCCGGCGAACACAAGGCGCCGGCUUUGGGCCCUUCUUCUAUCUUCCUAAAAUGGAACAUUCAAGGGAAGCCAAGAUAUGGAACAGUGUGUUUGAGAGGGCAGAGGAGAAAGCGGGGAUUGAAAGAGGAAGCAUAAGGGCCACAGUACUGAUAGAAACACUUCCAGCAGUGUUUCAAAUGAAUGAGAUUCUGUAUGAGCUGAGGGACCACUCUGUGGGUCUCAAUUGUGGAAGAUGGGAUUACAUAUUUAGUUAUGUGAAGACAUUUCAGGCUCACCCAGAUCGCCUCCUUCCCGAUAGGGUUCAGGUUGGCAUGGCCCAACACUUCAUGAAGAGCUACUCUGAUCUUCUCAUCAUGACCUGCCAUAAACGUGGUGUGCAUGCCAUGGGAGGCAUGGCAGCGCAAAUUCCAAUUAGAGAUGACCCGGUGGCGAGUGAGGCAGCACUAGAACUGGUGAGGAAGGACAAGCUAAGAGAAGUGAAGGCAGGGCAUGAUGGGACCUGGGCAGCACACCCUGGUCUCAUCCAAGCAUGCAUGGAAGUCUUCAACAACCACAUGGGAAACGAUCCUAAUCAGAUUCACACAAAGAAACGUCAUGAUGCUGCAAACAUAACAGCGGAAGAUCUCUUGCAAAGACCUGUAGGAGUUCGUACAAUGGUAGGCCUUCGUCUGAACACAAGGGUGGGAAUUCAGUAUGUGGCUGCAUGGCUCACUGGGAGUGGUUCAGUUCCUCUUUACAACCUCAUGGAAGAUGCAGCCACUGCUGAGAUUAGCAGGGUUCAGAAUUGGCAAUGGCUUAAGUACGAAGUGGAAUUGAAUGGAGAUGGACUUGGGGUUAGAGUGAACAAAGAGCUUUUUGGGAGAGUGGUUGAAGAAGAGAUGGCUAGGAUUGAGAAGGAGGUGGGCGAGGACAAGUUCAACAAGGGACUGUACAAGGAAGCUUGCAAGAUCUUUACUAAACAAUGCACAGCCUCAACACUGGAUGAUUUUCUGACUUUGGGUGCUUAUAACCAUAUAGUUGUGCAUCAUCCAAGGGGAUCGCCGUCAAGGCUCUGAGUUCAGUCGUUUUACAAUCACCUUGCGUGUU